GUGAUUCCUCAGGCGAGUGCGACGCGGGGGUUCAACGAGGCACGUUCUCGUGUCCAUUUUUUUUUUCCUCUGAAAAUUGCCAACCCCAUUUACGGAGUGUCUUCAUCUCUUCUGGGUUGUAAAAUCGCCCCUCAGGUCCAACAAAACCCACCAUCACGACAAUUAAAAAUCUCGAGUUAAUUAUCUCGGGUGCAAAGUGAAAUAAAAUCGAAAAUUGUAAUCAUGUCCGCGUGUCCGAGACUUCAGCAGGCGAAUGGUGAUGGUAAUUUGUCAUCACCUAGGAAAAAACAGAGGACAACAAUUACCACAGAUGAAUCGAAGGUCACGGUUGUACUUGGAGCACAAUGGGGCGAUGAGGGAAAAGGCAAGGUUGUGGAUAUGCUCGCUGACGAUGCUGAUGUUGUCUGCCGGUGUCAGGGAGGAAAUAAUGCUGGACAUACGGUGGUCGUUGAUGGAGUCCCGUUCUUCUUUCAUCUGUUGCCUAGUGGAAUCAUCAAUCCAAAAUGCAAGUCUGUUCUAGGAAAUGGAGUAGUCAUUCAUUUGCCGGGAUUGUUCGAGGAACUUGAGCAAAAUGAGGCGAAGGGCCUCAAGGACUGGCAGGACAGAUUGAUCAUCUCCGAUCGUGCUCACAUUGUCUUCGACUUUCAUCAGCAAGUUGAUGGCAUGCAGGAGCUGGAGAAAGGCACACAGUCACUUGGAACAACGAAGAAAGGCAUUGGCCCUACCUAUUCGAGUAAAGCUACCAGAAAUGGACUGAGAAUUGGAGAUCUUCUCGGGGAUUUCGAUAAAUUUUCGGAAAAAUUCAAGACUCUGGUACUGCAGUAUCAAAGAAUGUUUCCAUCACUUCAGGUUGAUGUCAACUCGGAAUUGGAGCGGUAUAAGAGUUAUGCUGAACGUGUGAGACCACUCGUGAAAGAAACAGUUUACUACCUCAACGGCGCUCUUAAGUCCGGCCAAAAGGUCCUCGUGGAGGGAGCCAACGCUGCCAUGCUGGACAUUGAUUUUGGUACUUACCCCUACGUAACGAGUUCAAAUUGCAGUAUUGGAGGAGUUAUCACUGGUCUGGGAUUACCACCUAACACCAUCGGAGAGACUAUCGGUGUUGUCAAGGCUUAUACGACAAGAGUUGGUGAUGGACCUUUUCCAACAGAACUAACAGAUUCUACUGGUGAAAUUUUGCAGACUCGUGGAAGGGAAAUUGGAGUUACAACGCGCAGGAAAAGACGGUGCGGCUGGUUAGAUCUGGCUUUACUCAAGUUCACCACUAUGGUUAACGGAUAUACCGCACUGUGCUUAACUAAAUUGGACAUACUGGAUACACUUCCUGAGUUGAAGAUAUGCACUGGUUAUCGUCUCAAUGGAAAAGAAAUUGAACAUUUUCCAAGUACAGCAUCGGAUCUUGCAAAGGUCGAGCCGAUUUAUGAAACGAUUGAGGGCUGGAAAUCAACAACAGAGGGUGUUCGUUCCCUCGACAAAUUACCCGUGAAUGCUCGCAAGUUUGUGAGAAUAAUUGAGGAAAAUUUAAAUAUUCCAGUUAAAUGGGUUGGUGUUGGUGCUGGAAGAGAGAGUGUCAUUGCUCUCUGACGAUUUAAAUUAAUUAGAGAAUUAUCUGAGCGCACCAUUUUCUGUGUAUUAAUAAGAAUAAUUAAUGUAUUGUUGAUUGUUAGAAGCUGAUGCGCACAAAAUCAUGAAAAGAAAUAACUGUAUGAAAAUAUUGAAAGAACAAUUUCUGUAAAAUGCUUGUAACCAAUUAUUUAGUUUGUUCAGUCUGAACUCAUUAAUUUAAUUUGCAAAUUUUACCAAUCAGUUGUAAUUAUAAAAAAAUGAUCAUCACA